AUGGGUUUUAGGCUUACGGAGAUAGCGGUCGAAAUAUUCGCUGUUAGUAAUCUCGAUUAAUUGAGCUGGGGUAACUAUCUAAGACAACCUAGGCUGGAGAUGGGGUGAACUAUCCGCGGCAAGGCCAAACUGUGACUGUCCACUACAGUGGCUACGUAAGCAUAAUAGUGUGAUAUUUUACGUACGGCCGACCUUGCACAGCUACCUAAUGGUGAAAUAUUCGAUUCAUCAAGAGACAGAGGCAAGCCAUUCAAGUUUAAGCUGGGUGGCGAACAGGUCAUCCCGGGACUUGAUGCUGGGGUAUCACAGCUGAGCAUUGGCGAACGUGCGAAAAUAUCGAUUCCUUCAGAUAUGGCCUACGGUAUUGUGUAUAUCCCUGAUAUUAUCCCACCAGGCCUCAUUAGGUGAGCGUGGCUUUCCUGGGCUAAUACCAAGAAACUCGGCUCUUGUAUUCGACCUGGAACUCAUUACAUUUAGUUAGGUAUCGAGUGGGAACGGCAGGCCCGCACAAAGGGGGAGGGGGGGGGCAGCCGGCCUAGCGCCCGAUGUCUGGUACCCUGACGGGGAGUGGUCCUUGAGGCGUAGGGGAGCGGCCUUAUCAUAAGAAAAACAGAUUGAUUAGUAUCUCUCGGCGACUGCCACGGCGCGGAUGCAAGAUCAAAAUCGCCCCUAGCAAUAGCUCGACCGCUCCGGACCUCGGCCAUAGCCCCUUGGUUGGUUCUGAGGCCGCUACAGAGGUCUUCAACCCCGCAGCGCCGCCAUUCAGCCCGCCGUACACAACUCUCUCGACGUCUCGGCCGGGCCUUCACGCGCACCACCGGUCCAAUCUGAGCAACCUAAGGCCGCGGUGCGCCUUUUGUGGUCCCAUACGACCUUACUGUGACGCUUAUAACGAUUUGCCGUUUUAGGAAAAAGGCCGAGUUCAGCGUCCGCGUUCUAUGCGCAGCCGACAUCAAAUUCCAAGCGGGCUUGCUCCGUGUAGUCGAUGGGGUGCUUGGGCCGGCGCACUGCCGCAGCCUCCGCAUCUAGUCCGGUGUGGCGCACUAGAAUCAGUCCGUUGCCGGGUUGCGAUCGUACCAAUCCCCAUGAAAAGUUGAGGGGCGCUUUUGUGCCCCCAGGGGAGUCCAAAGAUGGAGUACCCCCGCACAAGCUCCCCGGGAAGCAACUUGAACCGGCUAGCCCCCCCACCGUGACCCCACCCCACAAUACGAAUCUAUGCGAUUCAGAGGGUCUAUGCAGAGGGCUCGCCGGCAAAGUAGUGUAGGCUAUAAAAGCGGGUAGUUCAAGUUUAAUAGCUGGGUCCGUUGGAAGGUGCGAUAGCCGACUCUGACUCGGAGUCAGACUCUGAACUUGAAACUGCCGAGGAUUGUCAUUGAUUCUGAUUAAGAGGACAUUUACGGGGCAGCCUUGUCUUUUAGGGGCAGUGUGCGCGCGGACGUCGAACGCGACCCUCUAGGCAAGAGGGCUCUAGGGGGUCGCGUAAGCGCAAAAAUCAAAC